GUGUUUCAACAUUUCUGACCACAGUUCCAUGUGAUCAAGCAUUUCGAAGGAUUUCGUUGUCGUGCUCGUCACUGGGCUGACGCGUCAUACCUGGCGCGCAAAACUAAAUAGAACAUUCUUAUAUAAGAAGCGCGAUUUGCUAUCGUCAAAAUUUUUACCGCGCAAGCUCAGAGCGACCAUGACUCGACUCUUUGUAGCUUGCCUUCUUGCCGCUACAAUAGCAUGUGCAACCUCCAAUCAGCAAAGGUUGAUAACGCCAGGUCUCGACGACGAUGAUGAUGAUGAUGGUGGCUUUAACAAAGGUGGCGGAAGUGGCGGCAUCAGCAGUGGUAUAUCCGGCAAUGGCGACAGUGAUGGCAGCAACUUCGGCGGUACCGUCAUCCGACGAAUUAUUCUGCGCAGACGUAGUGGAAGCUUGCCACUAACCAAAGCACUUGGCCUCACCUUGAACAUGAUGAAAACAGGCCUGGUCGGAGGCGGUGGUACUCGCGUGUUCCGAUUGAUUGGACGACGAAGCGGCGACAAUGAAGGUGGAACGGGUGGCUUGCUCAGUCGCCUUGCAGGAAAUAAUGUUCUUGUAAGACGUAUCUUUAAUCUUCGUCUUAACAAGCACGAUGGCUCCGGUGGCCCCGAAAGUCGGAGUGGUCGUUUUGACAGUGGCUCUGAAGAAGGCGGCAGUAGCAUUUCAGAACGCGGAAGUGGCAUUGGAGGUCAAAGUGGUGGUCUCAGCAGUAGCUUCGGCCGCGGAGGUCAGGAAGGCAACGGAGGAAUGGAAGGUGAAAGAGUUCUCAGAGGUAGCCUGGAAGGGAUAAGUGGCGGGUCAGGUGGAAGCUUCAGGGGUGGAAGCAACGGAGGCAGCGGAGAAAUUGAAGGUCAAAGAGCUUUCAUAGUUGGCCUCGAGGGCAUGGGCGGGGAAUCUGGUGGUAGCUUCGGCCGUGGAGGUCAAGGAGGCAGCGGAAGCACGGAAAGCCGAAGAGCUCUCAGCGGUGGCCUGGAAGGGAUAAGCCGUGGCUUUGGCGGUAGACUCAUAAGUGGGAACAACGAAGGGCGCGGAGGAACGGAAGGACAAGCUCUCGGAAGACACCUCGAGGGGAUAAGAGGUAGAUUUGGUGGCAUCUUCAGUGGAGCAAACAACGAAGGCAGCGGCGGAAUGGAAGGACAACAAGCUCUCAGAGGUAGCCUGGAGGGAAUGAGCGGUGGAAUUGGUGGUAGCUUCAGUGGCGGAAGCCAAGGCAGUGGAGGAAUGGAAGGACUACAAGCUCUCAGAGGUGGCUUGGAAGGGAUAAGUGGUAGCUUUGGCAGUAGCUUCAGUGGAGAAAACAACGAAGGCAGCAGAGGACUGGAUGGAAUAAGUGGUAGAUUCGGCAGUAGCUUCACUGGAGGAAACAACCAAGGCAGCGGAGGAAUGGAAGGUCAAAGACUCCUCAGGGGUAGCCUGGAAGGGAUAAGCGGUGAAUUUGGGGGAAGCAGCGGUGCCUUUAGCGGCAGAGAUGGCGAAGAAAGCACAAGAAUGGAAGGUCAAAGAGUUUUCAGCGGCGGCAUGGAAGAUCAGAGAGGUGGAUUCAGCGGCGGCUUUGGAGGAAGCAGUAGUCAAUUUGGCGGAAGCUUCGGUGGUGGAGGCCAACAGAUCCUCAGCGGUGCUUUCGAAGCUGAACGCGGCUCGUUUGGCGGUGUCGUCGGAGGUGGCAGCGGAGGUGGUGGUCUGGGUGGCUCUGAGGCGGAUGAAGGUGAUGGUGGGCAACAGCAGAUUCUGACACAACAGACCGUUAAAUGGUAAACGUCCUGGCAAUAAAGAACACGCGUGCUAGAAAUAAACAGAGCUGCAGUAAAUAAAUACUGUGAUUCACUUACUAAGCUGGGCACGCUUGUG